AUGUGGAAAAACUACGUUAUUGAUAGAGAUUUAGUAAAUGUUAAUGAGUGGAGAGCAUUUGAAGCCUCUGAUGAAGGUAAAGCAAUACAAAAGUUUAAGUGGCUUUUACAGUUUAUUUCUCUUUCUGAUUAUAAAAAAUUUGCAAAGUCAUUACAUUUUGAAAAAGAACUUGAAAAUAUACUUGACACUAAAAAAAUAAACAAAGAUAUGAAGGUGUUAGAUAUAAACGGAUUAUUUUCGAGUAAUGAACUUACACUUUGUAAAAAACUUAAACUAGAUCAUAGAAGUUAUAUAAAGGUUAAAAAAGUAGCUAUUGAAUGUUUUGUUGAGAACAUUCCGCUUAAGGAGAGACUUUUCAGUCUAUUUCCUGUAGAAGAAAGACAUAGAGCAGGAAUAUUGUAUGAUUGGUUUUCUACCAAUAAAAUUGUCAUAGAGGAAAAAUAA